CAUUUCUAUUUAUUUUCAUUUUCAUUUCCAGUCCAAAACCCUACUGCAAGAGUCGUCUCCAUGGCGCUCCACCUACGUCUCCGUCGAGCCGCCGCCAUCUCUUCCUCGCUCCUCAAAUCCCGCAGCCCAUUUCCGGCGAUCUCUGCUUCCUUUUCUUCUCCUCUUCGUCUCCAUGCCUCUCCCUCUACCUUUGCCUCAUCUCCCCUCUUCCUGAACUAUGCUUUCCCACCCCAUGCACGGACUCAAUUCCUUUCUUUCUGGUCUUCGUCGUCUCUUUCCAACCGCAGAAGCGAUGGGGGAGAUGAGAAGUUUGGGCCGGACGAAAUCCUCUUCGAGGGCUGCGACUAUAAUCACUGGCUCAUCACCAUGGACUUCCCCAAGGACCCUGCUCCCACGCGCGAGGAGAUGAUUGAAACUUACAUACAAACCUUGGCGAAGGUGGUCGGCAGUGUGGAGGAAGCUAAGAAGAGGAUGUAUGCAUUAAGCACCACAACUUAUCAAGGAUUUCAAGCCGUAAUGACUGAGGAAAUGUCUGAAAAAUUUCAUGGUUUGCCUGGUGUUGUCUUUGUUUUGCCUGAUUCAUACAUUGAUCCUGUGAAUAAGGAAUAUGGAGGGGACAAGUAUGAAAAUGGGGUAAUUACUCCCAGGCCACCCCCAAUUCAAUAUAACAGGCCAGGGAGACCAAGAUAUCAAAACAGGACCGACCAGCCAAAUUAUAACAACCCUCCUCCCCGUGGAAAUAAUUCAUUUGGGCAUCAAGGAUUCAGGCAAGGAGAUCAGAGGAACUAUGCUCCACCACAGACAAACAAUCACAUGGGUCAAGAUGUAAGAGGAUAUGCGCCUCAUGGAGGACAAGACUAUGUUUAUUCAGGAGAUAGGAGAGAGACUGGCCGAGGAGAACAGAGAAACUCUGCACAUCAGGGAGAUUGGAGAGGUCCAAUGCCUCAGUACCAACAAGAUUUUAAUCAAGGAACUCGUGGAAAUUUUACUGAAGACCAAAGGAAUUUCUCUCGAGGUCCUGGAGGAGAUAAUCGGUUUUCUGGUCCUCCUGGCUAUAACAGAGAGUACACGCAGGGGAUGGGGCCUGGUUAUGGUGGUGAAUAUGGAAGAGGUGGAAAUUCAGGUUAUAAUGGAGAAUAUAGGCAGCAAGGGCAUGGAUACGGGGGACCUCCUGCUCAUGGACAGAGUCAAUCUGCUCCUGGGGAAGGGCUAACAGGCGAAUAUGGAAGGGGUGAAAAUUCAGUUUAUAACAGAGAAUACAAGCAACAAGGGCCUGGCUACGGGGGACCCUACAGGCAAGAGUCAACUCCUGCUCAUGGACAAAGUCAGUCUGCUCCUGGAGAAGGACCAACAGGUUCAUGGCACGGGAGAACAUAAUAUGCCAAUGCUGAUUCAGUCUGCACUCUGGUUGGAUCUCUCGUUGAAGGAUUAAUAGUCAGAAUAUUCUUCAUCGUAUUAAACGUCAACUUGACCAUGUUAUUAUGCUAUUUUUUCUUGAACAAGCCUCUGAACAAUAAUAGUAUACUCUUCUAUAUUUUUAACCAUCUAUGGUAUUGUGUUAAAUAACUAUGUUUUUAUGCUAUCUGUA